AGCAUAAUGUAAAUGUGUCAUGUGAUACGUGCGAGACGCGCAGGCGCGUUGAUAGUCAUCUGUGCAGUGUUUGCAACGUUAUUCUAAGAAUAUGAGUAAGAUAUUAGCACUUUUCACUGUAACGGCGAGCCUGUUUUUUGUUGAGGAGCUGCAUGGCCUGCCCUACAGUUCUUUACAGUCGAGAAAACAUCAUGGAUUCAAGACAGAACCCCAGUUCACAGAGAAGUAUUUCAGCCAAACUCAGGACCACUUCAACUUUAACACCAAGGGGAACGGGACAUUCAGUCAGCGUUACCUGAUCACAGAUAAGUACUGGAAGGAAGGCUAUGGGCCUAUUUUCUUCUACACUGGCAAUGAAGGAAACAUCUGGGAGUUUGCAUCCAACUCUGGUUUCAUCACAGAGUUAGCUGCUCAGCACAGUGCAUUGGUCAUAUUUGCUGAACAUAGGUACUAUGGCAAAUCUCUGCCGUUUGACAAAGACUCCUUCAACGUCCCUCAGAUCGGCCUGCUGACAGUGGAGCAAGCCCUCGCUGACUAUGCUGUCAUGAUCACUGAGCUGAAACAGCAGCUGGAAGCCACAAACUGUCCUGUCAUCGUGUUUGGUGGCAGUUAUGGUGGAAUGCUGUCGGCGUACAUGAGACUCAAGUAUCCAAACGUUGUUGCCGGAGCUCUGGCUGCUAGCGGCCCCGUACUGUCCACUGCCGGGCUGGGAGACUCCAAGCAGUUUUUCAGAGAUGUUACAGCUGAUUUUGAGAGCUUUGGCCCUGAAUGCACAGAUGCUGUGAGGGGAGCAUUCCAUCAGCUGAAAGAAUUAGCCGAACAUCAAGAUUACAGACGCAUCCAGUCAGAAUUAUCCCUUUGUAAGCCUCCAUCAUCUGCGCAGGACAUCCACCAUCUGAACGGCCUGCUGAGGAAUGCCUUCACUAUGAUGGCCAUGCUGGAUUACCCCUACAGCACUCACUUUAUGGGGAGUAUGCCUGCAAACCCUGUCAAGGUGGCCUGUGAAACCAUGCUGAGUGGAUCUGACCUGCUCUCCAACCUCAGGAACACUGCAGGGAUUUUUUACAACUCUACUGGGCUGCUGACCUGUUUUGACCUGUACAGUCUGUAUUUGGAGUGUGCUGAUCCCACCGGCUGUGGACUGGGUUUCAGCAGCCUGGCCUGGGACUAUCAGGCGUGCACAGAGAUUAAUCUGUGCUACGAGAGCAACAAUGUGACAGACAUGUUUCCUCCCAUGGCCUUCACUGAGACAGACCGCAAGCUUUACUGCUCCAAACGCUGGGCUGUGGUUCCACGACCAGACUGGCUCAAAACCCAGUUCUGGGGUGAUGCCCUCUCCACAGCCAGCAACAUAAUUUUCUCCAAUGGAGAUCUGGACCCAUGGGCCAAUGGAGGGGUGCGCAAGUCCUUGAGCUCAUCAUUGAUAGCUGUCAACAUUUCUGGAGGAGCCCAUCAUCUGGAUCUGAGAGGAUCUAAUGAUGCUGAUCCAGUAUCCGUAAUCAGUGCCAGGAAGACAGAAGCAGACCUCAUUGCACAAUGGGUGAAGAUGGAGCGGACCAAAGCACAGGUUCAGAGACAUGUAAAACAACACGUAAACCAGAUGUAACCCCCAUGACCGCAUCACUGCAGACUUGCUUUGUUUCAUGAGUCCAUAAUAAACACAAAUAUUCAGUUUCUGUUCAAUAAAAUCUCUUUUAUUUCUAAAUUUUUACAAAAUGAAAGCUGAUCCAGCGUUUAUUAUGCACCAUGUGACGAUUCAUUUUGAAUGUUUCAAAUAAAAAAAUCUAGAUAAUGACAUGUCUGUAUUGUGAUGUGUGCACCAUUCUAUUAAAAUCAUUCUGUUUGGUGGCUGCAACUAAAAUAGUAGUGAAUCACUCAAGACUUUAAAACCCACACUGGUAAAAUUGGUCUCAAAAGCACUAAAAAUAUCUCCUUUGUCAGUUUUUCCUAAAAGCAGUGGCUUUUGAGAAAUGGCUUUUCAUCGUUAGAACCCCAAACAAUAUCAACCACCAGGAUUGAUUAUAUUUUCAGCAUAUCUUUGGCUCAGGAAUUAUGCUGAAAUACAUCCAGGGAAGAGGUCACUCACAGCCCUUGAAGGCAGGAUUUAAAUACACACUGGUAGAGAUUAGCAUUAUCUAAACUAAUGAUUGCUUUGAAGGAGUGGUGGAAAAAUAUAAAAUUAUUGUUUCAUUGUAAAAAAUAGUCAUAUUUGCAGUAGACCAUAUACUGUAGCAGACCAGCAAAGUAUGUACAAGAAAUAACUUGAAUGUAUAGAAAUGGACAUUUACAGCCAGUUAACAAUUGUCUUUUAAAUGUUGUAUGAAGCAACAUUAAAGGCACAUGUGGAACACUAAGGAAACCAUACAACAAUA